UUAUUUGUUGGAGAUCAAGGCUCAAAGAUAAAAGGGCAUAGACGAUAUGGAGGAAAAUGGAAGCAGAAACUACUCGGGAGCACAAGUAUUGCAUGCAUCACAAACAAGUAUAAUACGUCCCAGACCUGUGUCUUUUCUUUCCAGAAAUCAGUCCACCCAGUUAACAGAACCGAGAAGGCAACAAGAACAGUGGAAUGUACUUUCUAUGGCUUGAAUAAGGACUGUAUUUCUGUAAGGAACAAGAAGGCAACUAUGUUUCGUGACCGAUUGUCAGCUCUGGCAAUA